AUGGGGGACCCUACACAUGGGGGCCCCCCACGGAACCUUCCAGAGUCCUAUACUCAGGGAGGCCGGGUCUUUGUUGAAGUUAUUGCCAAUUGUGGGGAUUCAGUAUUUGUUCGUGAUUUGAAUGGUGUAAUAUUUGUUUGUUUAUUUGAUGAUUUAAUUUCUCUUUUUUUUAAACAAAUUAACUCUUUUAUUGAUGAUGAGUCCUCUGAUGAUUCGGAUUAUUCACGUGAUGGAUCAGAUAUGGAUGAAGAAGAAUGGGAAGAUCAUGAUUCAGGAUCAGAGAGUACAAACGUGACGUCAAUUUCUUGUGAUUCUCCAUCUAGUCAACAAAGUAGAGAAUUAUUUUAA